AUGACCUCCCCCAAAACACAAAUCCUCCUCCUCGGCGCCGGCGAACUAGGAACAGCCUUCCUCCCUCACCUCUCCGCCCUCCCCAAUACCCACAUCACAAUCGGCAUCCGCUCCCCAUCCAAAUACACCCACCUCCAAUCCCCCAACAUCUCCCUCACAGCUAUCGACCUCUCCUCACCUUCACCCUCCCUCGCCAAAAAAUUCUCCGCACACGACAUCCUCAUCUCCGCCACAGGCUUCGGCGCCGACCCAAGCAGCGUGCUCAAGCUCGGCGAGGAAGUCCUGUUGGCCGGCAAAAUCAGAAAAGAGGAGAGGAAAGGGAAAUUAUGGUUCUUUCCCUGGCAGUGGGGGGUUGAUUACGAUGUCAUUGGUGAUGGAGAGGGGUUGAUGCCAUUGUUCGGUGCUCAGCGUGAUGUGAGGAAUUUGUUGCGGCGGAAGGCUGAGGAGAGUGAUGUCAAGUGGACGGUUUUCUGGGGAAUCGUGGAUAGAAGUAAAGAGGAGGAAGGAACAGUGGUGGUGAGGUGUCUGAGGGAUUGGAAUCACAAGGUUACUGUGACGGAUGUGAAUGAUAUUGGACGGGUGUUGGCGAGGGUUAUUGCGGGGGAUGUGGAGGCUGAGGACCGUGUGUUGUAUAUUGCGGGUGAUACUGUGAGUUAUGGGCAGCUGGCUGACAUCGUCAAGCGGGUGAGCGGGAAGCAGAUUGAGCAGGAGGCGUGGCGCAUUGAGCAUUUGAAGAAGGAGCUUGACUCGGCGCCAGAAGAUGGCAUCAAGAAGUACAGGCUGGUAUUCGCCAGGGAUGGUGUGUGGUGGGAGAUGAGCCGGACGGUGAAUAAGGCGCUGAGCAUGGACAUGAUGGAUGUUGAAACGUUUGCCAAAAGUCUGUUCGGUAGAUAG